AUGGAUCUUUUCUUGAAAGCAAAAUCAAUCAGGCUAAUAACCCACAAGGACAAAUACCUGAUAGCCGAAGAAGACCGGUCGACAAUCAGCCAAGGCCGCGACAAGUCCGCCCCGAACGCGGUUUGGGAGGUGGAAUUCGUGCAAGGCGGCAAAGACGCCAUCCGUCUCAAAAGCUGCUUCAACACGUACCUAACCGCCUCGUGCACGCCUUUUCUUCCGGGCGUCACCGGAAAAAGGGUCGUCCAGACGCGCCCUUGCCAGCAAGGCGGCGAUCCCGCCACGGAGUGGGAGCCACACAGGGACGGGAUGCAGGUGAGGCUGAGGUCCCUGUGGGGCCAGUUCUUGAGGCCCAACGGGGGCCUCCCCCCCUGGAGGAAUUCGAUCACGCACGAUGUUCCUCACCGGAGCAAGACGAGGGAUAAGGUUUUGUGGGAUGUUGAGGUGGUGGAGAAAUAUGGUGGGGCCCACGACCGACGUGGGGCGGAAUGUUUUCGACGGUCGAGAUCGGUUUCUUCCGGUUCGUUGGAUUUUCAGAAGCAGGGCGACGAUAUUAUUAGGAGAAUGCUGUUGAAGAAUCAGAUAGAUCACUGUUUUUCGAAUGUGAGGUGUUGUUGGUAUCCGAAAGCAUGCAUGCCGUUUUGA